AUGCGGCGCACUCUCCAAUCGGCCAUAUUGCUGGGCCUGUCGUCGCUCGCAGGCGCAGUCUUCCAGGAUGAAGUCGGCGACAUCGACUUCCACUACUCCCUCGUCGGCCUGCCCCAGGUCGAGACUACCUUCUUCCACCGACCACGCAAGGACGACAAGGCCAGCUUGCUCUACACCCUCGGCGACGUGGGCGUCGUUGGCGCCAUCAAUCCCAGCAACGGCGAGUUGGUAUGGCGUCAGCACAUCAGUGAUGGAAUUGCCAACGGGGGCGGCCAUCUCAGAGCUCCCGAAGGCGAGAAUUGGGUCGCGUCGGCUCACGGAUCCAAGGUCCAAGCCUGGAAUGCUCUGACCGGCCGAAAUAUCUGGACCACGGAAUUCAAGGGCGUCGUCAAGGACCUCGAAAUCCUGGAAUUGACCGAAACCCCGAGAAAAGACGUCCUCGUUUUGUUCGACGAGGACGGCGUGACGGUCCUCCGACGGUUACACGGCGCCAUCGGCUCAGUCGUGUGGGAGUUCCGCGAGACGAGCAAGGACCUGCCCGUCCAGGUUUCCACAAACAUAGCCAACAUCUAUCUGCUCAGUCUGCACGGCUCGCCCGGCUCCUACAGCCUCAAGGUCACCGCUUUGGACACGGCCGCUGGCACCCGGCUUGAUCACUGGUCGGUCGGCAACAAGUGUGACAUCCACGGCCCUGAACAGGUCAUGUUCGUUGGCGCCAACUCGGCGGCACCCAUUGCCGCCUGGGCAAGCAGGGACCUCGCCAAGCUUAGUUUCAAUGUGCUGGGCAUGAAGAAUAAGCAGGAAUUUGCUCUCCCCGACGGAACCGAGUCUCUUCGCGUCCAUGCCCCCCAUCUCCUCCAGUCCCUACCUCACUUCUUGCUGCACAUUCGCACCAGGAACGGCCACAAGGCCCAGGUCUACCAUACCGAUCUCAAGAGCGGACACGUCUCCAGGGCAUAUGAACUGCCACAUGUCGAAGGUCCUGGGGCGUUUUCCACCAGCUCGGAUGCUGCCAAUGUCUACUUCACUCGCAUCACCGCCGAUGAAAUCUCCAUUGUAUCCUCCGAGUCCCAUGGCCUCCUUGCCCGCUGGCCGUGCAAGUCCACGGACGGCCACGUCGCUGUCCACGCGGUGUCUGAAGUCAUUAAGAAGGCCGGUGGAAAGGAGUUUGCCAUUCGCUCUGCAGCCGUUACCGAUGGAGACGACUGGGUUCUCACCAAGAACGGCCAGAUCGACUGGACUCGCCCCGAGGGCCUCUCCGGCGCCGUCGCGGCUGUCUGGGCUGAAAUCCCCGAGGCAGAGAGACUGGCCCAAGUGCUGGCCGAGGAGGCGCAUGCCAAUCCUGUUACGGCCUAUCUUCACCGCGUGAACAGGCAUGUUACCGACUUGGCUCAUCUCCCUGCUUAUCUUGCUGGCCUCCCUCAGCGCAUCCUCGAUGGCGUCUUUGGCGCCGAUCUCAGCGGCCACAGGGAUGGGCCGCAUCGCGAUACGUUUGGAUUCAGCAAGCUUGUCGUCGUGGCCACGAGCCGAGGUCGCUUCUACGGUCUCGAUACUGGCCACCAUGGCCAGAUGUUGUGGUCGCGGGCUGUUUUCAACGUGUCCCCCGGCGAAUCGCUCGUCAUCAGGGGCAUCGCGACCAAGGAUGCCGAGGGCGUGGUGACAGUUGUAGGAUCAAACGGCGAGUAUGCCACCAUCGAGUCCGCCACCGGCAAGAUUCUGAAAGUCCAACAGGCGGGGUCUUUCACCAAAGUUGCUUCCACUGCCGUCAUUGACGAUGGAGCUAGCCGUUGGCUGCUUCCGCUUGGCGCAAACGGACUUCCCGUCCCAACCAUGCCCCUCGGAACCCUGCCCAAUGAUACCGUUGUCCUCCGCGAUGGCAGUCUCGGGGUGAAAGGCGUCAAGUUUAUUGCCAAAGGUGGAGAAGUCAUCAAGGAUGAUAUUUGGCACUUCCACGUCAGCAAGGGCCAAAGGAUAGUCGACAUCGCCACCCGGCCCAGCCACGAUCCCAUUUCCUCCAUUGGCCGUGUUCUCGGAGAUCGCAAGGUGGCGUACAAGUAUUUAAACCCCAACACCAUUGUGGUGGCCGCCAUCGAAGAGGCAACGAACACCCUGUCGGUUCACUUGUUGGAUAUUAUUUCCGGCCAACUUCUCGCAUCCCAGGUCUACAACGGCGUGGACAGCACCAAGAGCCCAUGCUGCGCCAUGGCGGAAAAUUGGUAUGCCUGCACUUUUUUCGGCGACUACGCCGUCGACGAUGGUGCCGACCGAAGAAUCAAGGGGUUCCACGUCGCCGUCUCGGAUCUGUACGAAUCGCCCGAACCCAAUGACCGUGGUCCGCUCGGGGACGCCGCAGAGUUCUCCUCUCUCAACCCGGUCGACGCCCCUACCGGCGUUCCUCUGCCUCACGUGGUCUCGCAAGCGUACGUCUUCUCUGAGCGGCUAACGUCUCUGUCUGUCACCCAGACCCGGCAGGGAAUCACUAGCCGCCAGCUCCUCGCGUACCUGCCGGACAGCAACAGCAUCCUCGCGGUGCCAAGACACGUGAUUGAUCCUCGCCGUCCGGUCGACCGGGAUCCUACCUCGGCCGAGAUGGAAGCAGAGGCCUUGACAAGGUACACUCCGCAAUUCGAGAUUGACGGACGGGGCAUCGUCUCACACGAGCUGGACGUGCUCGGGGUGCGAGAGAUUCUCGCAACGCCGGCCGCCGUCGAGAGCACCAGCUUGCUCUUCGCCUAUGGUGUGGACAUUUUUGGAACGCGCGCUGCCCCCAGCGGCGUGUUUGACAUUUUGGGCAAGGGCUUCAACAAGGUGACCUUGGUGGGCACGGUUUUGGCACUGUUUGCCGGCGUGAUUUUCCUGGCACCCGUGGUUCGGAGAAAACAAAUCGACCGAAGAUGGGAGGCGUUCUUGUGA